UACUGACAGUGUGAUUUAUAAAAAGAUUUGGAAGAAACAUUUCUCUAAGAAAAGUUACAAUACAUUCUACGAAAAUUAAGAUUACACUAGACUCUACGAACGUGAGGUCACACAGGAAACGCGGGAAAACACGUUAGUUUCAAGGGCGUAGCAGCCUCUGGUGAAGCGCAGAUUCGACUUUGGCAUCACUAAGCCACGGCAGGCUGCUCACAACGCACGGCCCACUCCCAACGUAAACAAUGCAUUCCACGCGGUCAUUUCAUAUCUAAUCCGGUGAUUUUUAAUUAUAAAAUGUUGCCUUUACUCUUGAUGUGUUUAUUUGUGAGUGAAAUAUCCGGAACUAUAAACAAUAGCGAUAUCGGUAGAUACGAUACUUUGACGCUCAGAAAAUGCUGUGAAAAAAAUGAAGUGCUGGUAAAAAUUACAGAAUAUGAUUUGUUCUUACUCGACCAUUAUAAGUGCAUGGAUAGUAAUUACGUAAUGAAUCUGUAUAACGUGUCUGCAAUACCUCUUUUGAUGAACGAAAGUAUUCGAGUGCAAUCUGGUUUACCACUUUUUUGUGAUGACAUACAAGUCAAUCAAAUAAACAGUGCUGAAACACAGCUUAUGGUAUCAGAAGAUAAAUGCUAUGAUAAACUCGAAGCCGAAGUUGUAAAUGGUACUAUAAAAGAAAACAUUCCUCAAACUGUAGCUUUAACAUGUAAUAUUACUGAAGAAUCUACUAAGAAUCUUCCGUCAGAGUUAAAAAUUAAUGAAUUUAAAAAAUGCUGUCCUGAAGGGCAAGCAUACGACACAGAAUACCAUGUAUGUAGAAUAAGCAAUUUGGUGAGUGAUGAUGAAUGGUUUCUCAAAGCUUUAAAUAUUACUGGAAAUUAUAUUUACGACGUUGGUAUUGGAAUGCAUUGCAAAUUUGACGAAUACGCUGUGGAGCUCCCUGAAAGUUUAUAUUCUUUUUCCAUUGAUGGGAAUAAUUUGCAACUGAAAAAUAAGGAAGGCGACCAAGAAAAAACGCUUUUUCAAGGGGAGUGGUGUAUUGAACGCCAAUAUGCUGGCAAAGGAUUAUUAGUACGAACUUGCACACGAAAUUGUUCGGGUUUUGAAGCUUACUGUGUCAGAAAAUGUUGUCCUCAAGGAGAACAUUUUAAAGUUCGUCGUUGUGGGAGUUAUAUUAGUGUCUGUGUCCCAGAUGAAGAUAACAGUACUUUAUUUGAUUUAUCGACAUAUACGAAUCCAUUGCGAGAAGAGAACAAAGAUUUGUUUGAUAUAAUGGGAGUUCGCGUUGGUUUGCAAUGCUCUGCUGGACGCUUCGCCCUGAACAAGUCUCUAUUCCAAGACAUUCAUCACCUUACACCACAGGGGAAUUUACAAUCAGGCUGGACCCUAACUAAUAACUACUGCUUGGAAAUAUUCGACAGCCGCCAUUGUCCAUCAGAGGAGAUUACUAUCAGUGGUGUGCUCUGCUUCCAACCCGCUCCAGAAAGUCAACAGGAUAAAGACUUUCGCAUUUCUUUUGUGAUCAUCACAAUAUCAAGCGUAUGUCUGGCAUUAACAUUAAUUGUGUAUUGCGCGCUACCCGAGCUGAGGAACCUUAAUGGUCUUAAUUUGAUCUGCCACGUUACCAUGAUGCUCCUGGCAUUUGCUUGUCUAGCCAGGGUCCAGUAUAGCGCAGUUGACGACGUCCAAACUUGUACAAUGCUCGGGUACGGCAUAUACUUUGGCUUCGUGGCAGCGUUCGCCUGGUUGAACGUCAUGUGCUUCGACAUAUGGUGGACAUUUGGGAGCGUCAGGACAGUCAAGUUGCUUCGAAAAUCCGCGUCUGAAAGGCGCCGGUUCAUUUUGUAUUCCGUGUAUGCCUGGAGCACAACAAUUGUCCUCACACUCACCAUGUUUCUACUUGACCAUUAUCCUAUUUCUCUUUAUCUAGACGCCAAUAUUGGGACAGGUUCCUGCUGGUUUAGCGCUGUUCAAAACACAAUAACGGACUGGCCUCAUUACAUUUUCUUCGUAAUCCCAAUGGGCCUUGUGACUUGUACAAAUUUUAUACUCUGGCUGCUCACAGCUCGAUAUUGUGCUAAAGUCAAAUCCGAGGUCCAUCGUUUGCAAGCAGGAUCCGUUGGUGAUAGAGCUAAGAAAAGAUUCAGAAUAGAUAGAACCAAGUAUAUCCUGACUGGUAAGCUCUGGGUGGUGAUGGGAGCUGGUUGGAUAUCCGAGCUGCUGUCCACAAUCGUAGUCAGUCCAUCGUGGCUUUGGGACAUUGUUGAUCUCAUAAAUGGCCUGCAGGGAGUCUUAAUAUUUCUCAUAUUGGUGGUUAAACCAAAACUGUACCACAUUAUUAGAAGGCGACUAGGUUCGUCAAAAAGACCGGGUCAGAAAGAUACAAGGUUAGAUAAGGGUGAUGCACAGAACGCCACAGCAUCAGGUCGCACAUCAUCCACUUUCCUGUCGAGAACCAUAAGUUCUGAUGAACGGACUAAUCUCAGGAUAUCUGGUCUUCAGGCAGCGAAGCAAGCGUAAAUGGUUUAAUAAGCAAACCUGCAUUUAUAUUUUAUGUAAACUAAAGAAACGUGGCCCGACUUUUGAUUUGUUGAAUAUUAGUUCUGGUUGAACUCAAUUAUAGAGUUCAAAAUAAUAUCUUAUGAAUUUAUUCCUAUUUAAUCUUUCUUAGAGUUCAGUUAAAUUAAAAGUUGUCUUUUCACUCAUGUAACAGUCAGUACAUGAAAACAAAUCAGAUCUAUGGGUAAUGGUAUUACUUAUUACACUAAGACUUUUAAAUAAUUAAAAGGUCAUAUUAUCUUUUUUGAGUGAGAACACCCAAGGCUCUUCAAAUAUCUGGUACCAGCACACCGAUUUACGAACAUUAUAGAUAAAAUAUAGCUUUUGUAGUUUUGAGCCAAGUUUUAGUAUAUUUACUAAAUAUUUAUAAGUAAGUUUUAGUAUAUUUACAUAGUCGGGCCCAAUUGUAUGGGAGAAUUGUACCGCCUUUACUUUGAUGUAUAACUAACUGUAUUACUAAGUUUAAAGGAUUUCCUUUUACUAAUGUUCAAAAUAUUUUAUCCAAAGACAGUUUUGCACUUAAUACCUAAUACCUUUUAAGCAAAGCUUAUAAUCUAGUCAAGUAUUAGGGUUAAAGAUACGCUUUUUUGUCACAAUUUUAUUUGUUAGAAGCGGAUUGUGAUCCAAGUUUACAACUGUAAAUUGCUUUAAUUUCAUGAUUAUUGAUUUAGAUGUUUUUAUCAAGCGACCUCAGCCUCGAGGUCGUCCCUUAAGACCUCGCUUUGCACCAAUUGCACUUUCAAUGGCAGGGGAAACGUUAACAUUGUUAAGCAGCUCGUAUUAGACGUUAAAAUUAGUCCCAACGGGGUUAGUCAUAAUUCUCAAUUAGUAUGCGAAAUGUGAAAUAUAUGAAUAUAAAAUUACUUUAUAAAUGAAUUUGGUUCGACAAAAGUUACUUGUUAAUCUGAUCCCUGGUGACUCUAGUCCAAAUAAAUGUAAGAACCUAUACAAAACGGACGACUAUGCUAUAAAAUAUCUGAUCCCAUGGGACGUAAUCUAUUUUCUAGUAGUGAUAAUAUUUUUCUUUACAAAGAACUAAAUGUUUCCCCUUGCAUAUUAUGUUUUGCUUUUGUGUAAUGCUUAUACUAAAGUCUUGUCAAAUAUAUUAAGUCUACUUAAUAAUCAUGAAAUGACGAUUUUAGCAUUAGUAUUUUUUAAACAUAAUUUCAUAAUCCAUCAUAAAUAAUAUUUUACAUGUAGGAGGGAUGUCAUAUUGUUUGGUUGCGGUGUGCGGUUGACCAAGGAUUAUUGUUAUUUUAUAUAAUAAAGGAUAACACAUUAAAAGAUACAUAAGGUUACUUAUUAACCAUUGUCACUUAUGUUAAGAUCUAUUCCAUAUUAUAGUCAUCCCGGUGUAGAUUUAUUAUACCGAGUUCUAAGACUAAUUUUCUGUUGUCAUGCGAUGCGCAAGCGCCAAGAGAGAAUGUCAUAUUGAUACGUUACUUAGGUUAAUAUGAAUGUCAAAACAUGAUUUUGUUGCAAAUCCAUUAUAAUUAUUAAUGUUUACAAAAAUAAAUUACUUAUUUUACUUACCUACGAUUUUAUUACCAAUGUAUAAAAAUAAAUUGCCUAAAUAAAACUAUAACUUUUUCGAGAACAAUUUUAGUAAUUUAGAUAUUGAAGUUAUAAUAUGUAUAAUUUUAGCUUAGCAGUCCGAUAGAACGAUUGUUCCGCUGGGAAUGAAACCCCGAAAAUUGUAAUUAUAACAUAAUUACUCAGAAAUACGGAAAUAUAUUAUUAUAUAUAAAUUGUAUAUUCUCAGACACAAAGCCAUUUUUAUUAAAAUCUACUAGAUAAAGGAAAUAUUACUAUCCAUUGUAUUCUUGGUUUACGCGUAUGAAUGGCUUGAAAUAGCGAUAGUGGCACGAAAUGAAGAUCGUCAAAGACUUUUACUGAUACAGCUGUACUACAAUAUUUAUAUAGACGUACGUUGCUACUACUAAAGACUGUAACCAAUUAUGUAAUUUACAAUAUAUUUUGCACAAUAAAUAUAUUUGGUUUUACUAAAGAAUGAGAAUGUCACCUGCAGACUUUGAGGUGAAGAUAGAGGAGUUCUCAAAAAUGAGAUACUAGAUAAAUUGAUAUAUGAUUCCUUUAAUCAUAAAUUUUACCUCCAAAUCUAUAAAGCUUAUUUUUUUGUUAAAUCGAACAAUCGCUUCUAUCUGUGGGGUGAUUUCGCAAGUAAAGUAUAAUAAGUAAAGAGUUCAGAUUUAUUAGUAAACAUACAGUACCCGGAGCGCUCUUCUAUGUGAACUCUGAAAGAACUCAACUGAAUGUAAAGUGAACACUCUUCACACACGUUUCAAUUGCUUGAAAUCGAUCGCUGAUCAGGGUUGAAAGUGACAAUCAAAAUUAUCUAGUUUACUACCGUAAAUUGUCUAUA